AUGUGCCUGACGCCCACGUCGAAAUGUGUGGAUAUACCUGAGGGCUGGGCGAACAAGCUCGAGUCGUUGUACCUGCCCAGCAACGAGGCGUGCUACGUACUGUAUUCCCUGCCCAACUGCGAGGGCUCCGAUUUCUUGGUGACAUACACGAAAGUGAUGCAGCGAAAGACCGAAAAUCUCUACGACAACAACCUGGCUCAUCGCCACGCCUCGCUGCGCGUCUGCAACAAGUUCGAAUCCACCCAUCAUUCG